AUGACGAAAGUUGACAAGUAUGCAAAGGGACUUCCAUGGGAGUACGUUGUGCUAGUCCGCCAGACACCUACUCUGGAGGCAGCUAUCUGGUCCGCUAAGUCUGUUGAGGAAAUGAUCAAGGGGAGAGCCUCCAGCAAGGUUAAGGUUGGCGAAAAGAGGCAAUUUGAGGGGUCGUCAAAAUCUAACAAAAAGAACAAGUCUGGUUCAAAGAAAUAUGGAGGAGGAGGAAACGAAGCAAAGUGGUGCGAGAAAUGUAAGAAGAAACACUCGGAGAAAUGUAGCGAGGAGGUGACUUGCUACAAAUGUGGAAGGACAGAGCAUUACGCCAACGAGUGCACAUCCAACAAGAAGGUGUGUUAUGGAUGUAAUGAGGAAGAGCACAUCGCUAAGGAUUUACCGAAGAAUAAGGAGGCGGCAAGGCCCAUUGUCCCACCGAAUCCAAAAGCCAAAGCUUUCCAGAUGACCCUGGAAGCCGCGAAGGAAGCAGCAGACGUCGCUUCAGCCUUGCCUAUAGAAAAACUAGAUGAUGCCCUAAUUGUAGAAGUUGCCAGUGGCAAAUUCAUACAUGUUAGCAAUUGCAUUAGGAAUAUCGUCAUCAACAAGAACGUAAACGAAUUCCAUGACGAGCUGUUACCUAUUGAGCUAAAUAGUUUCGAUAUCGUACUAGGAAUGGAUUUACUUAGCACCAAUGAUGCCGAGAUACCGUGCAAGAAGAAGAUAGUAAGGGCGAACCCGCCUGGGAAAGAGACAUUUGUGGUCUACAAGGACAAACGUAGAUUUCUUUAG